CAGGAUGGUAAACGCCCUACGCCGAUCAUUCACCUCGUUCAAUCGUUCGCACCAAGACGUAUCGGCGAACGCGUCAGAUGUUCCACCCCAAAGCGUCUUCUAGUGCGUCGGGCUUGGGCUCAUGGCCACCACGAGCGGAACGUGAUCUACACGAUGCCGGAUAUCAGAUAUCGCGCACGUCUUCAUCCAACGUCUCUCCGUCUAUCCCGUUCAGAGGUCAUCACUUGACGUGGCUAUCGUGCGGGGUGUUUUGUCUCCAAUGGUAGCGUGAAGCUCGCUAUCGACUCUGCUGUGCCUAUCUCGGGCUCGGGCAAUCUAAGUAUGUAUAGCGAAGGCUCUGCAGAUCCAUUACGCUAUGUUGUGGGCGUCCGUGCUGAUCUAUCUUUGCCUAUCCCACGUAGAACUGGCAUCGUGACGAGAAGUACGGUGUUCAUCAUGAUAUGCCGUAUUCUGCCUUGCUCCCCGGCCUGAUUGCGCUGAGCGCGAACGGGAAUAGCUGCCCAUAAACAGUCCCGUGGCAGGCCCGACUGCACCUUCCCGUCUCUCCGCUCUACCACUCCCUCAGAGCCAGCUCACCGCCAUGUCCACGUCCCCGUCCCUCGCGCGCGUCCCGCUCCUGCUGCUCGCGACUGCGGGCCUCCACCGCUGCCUCACGAACCCCAACCCGCCCGUCUCCGACGACGAGCUGAAGACGUUCACCGGCUCGACGAGCUACGCGAACAAGAUCAUCACCUGGUGGCCGAACAUCCUCAAGUACGGCCUGUGGACCGGCGCGCUCUGCGAGAGCGCCGUCAUCCUCUGUUCUCACUUCCCCUACCCGCCCUACACCUCCCGCCUCCUCGCGCUCCUCGUCCCUUACCCCUCCUCCGUUCCGCGUAUCCGCCUCACAACCCCCUUCGUCGUCGGCGCGCUCCUCGCCGGCGCGGGCAGCUUCGUCCGCUACCAGUGCUACCUGACGCUCGGGCGGCACUUCACCUACCAGCUCGCCUUCCGCCCGGACCACACGCUCGUGACCGCCGGCCCGUACGCGUGGGUGCGCCACCCCAGCUACGCGGCUUUCGUGCUCGCGUUCGCGGGGAUGUGCGCGUGCUGGUUCGGGCGGGGGUCGUGGUUGGUCGAGUGCGGGGUGCUGGACACAGCGCUCGGGAGGGCGGUUACGGGCGUGGCACUCGUUGGGGGGUUGGGGCUGGAUUAUGUGUGUUUGUCGAGGCCGGCGAAGGAGGAUGAGGGGAUGAGGAGGAAAUUCGGGCAGGAGUGGGAGGAUUGGGCGGAGAGGGUGCCGUACAGGCUCAUUCCGUACGUCUAUUAG